AUGGAUCAACAGCAGCAGCAGCAGCAGCAACAACAGCAGCAGCAGCAGCAACAGCAGCAGCAGCAGGCCGGCAGACAGCCGUCCCCAGCUUCCUCGGGCACCGGCCUCGACAAGAUCGCCCACCCCAACCUCUACUCAACCUCUCCCAGCCAGCACCCUGGCCUCCCACAGCGAUCCCCCUCCAGCUCCUCACUGCACAAGUCCGUCCACUCCCACGCCCACCGCUCUAGCUUCGCCGAGAACCUGCGAAAUCACCAUGCACCUCCCUCGCCUCGAACAUCGCGCCACCCCUCCUUCACCCAGGCUGCCGUGCAGGACCUCAUCAACCACCCGCCCUCGUCCCGCCAGCCCAACCCCAAGUUCUCAGGCCGCGACUGGCGGGAGGUUCAGGUCGGCGAGCUGGUGGCUCUCAACACCGACGAGGUGCGAUGGGUGGAUCUGGAUAGCAGCGUCGAGGAGGCCACAAUGGCCCUGGUCAAGGGCAACGCCGCGGGCAACUGUGUCCUGGUCAAGGAUGGCCCGCAGAAGAAGGCCGUCUCUACGUUUGACUAUAGGGACCUGAACGCGUACCUGCUUGCCGUAGUCGGGUUGGCCAAGCCAGAGGACGAGCACGUUGCACUCUACGACUCAAUCGCUACGCGCGCCAGGGAGAGGGAGGCUAUCCCGCUGAGGGACGUACAGGCUAUCUGUCGGCCAGAGCAGCUGAUGUCACUGCCACCCGAGACCUUCCUGCCCGGUGCUAUCGAGGUGUUUGGGAGCGGCAUACAUCGCCUCCUGAUUACGAGCCAGGAGGGCGAGGUCAGUGGUGUUCUGUCGCAGCUCAAGGUGCUGGAGUUCUUCUGGAACGAGGGCAUCAACUUCCCGGUCAUUGACAGGCUGUAUCCGGUGCUUCUGAGAGACCUGCAGAUCGGUUCGCAGCAGAUCAUCGCCAUCAACGCUGAUGCUCCCCUCGCCGAGGCCCUGACGCUAAUGUCCAACGAGGGCCUUACCUCGGUCGCCGUCGUCGACAACGCCUCCAACGUCGUGGGCAACAUCUCGAGCGCCGACGUGCGCCUGCUCACUUCCGCGGCCUCCCUCCCGCUACUCCAGUCCACCUGUAUGCACUUCAUUACCGUCAUCCUCUCCGAACGCGGCAUGGAGAAGGGCCGCGACUCGGUCCCCGUCUUCUACGUCAACCCCUACCAGACUCUGGCCGCUACCGUCGCCAAGCUCGUCGCCACCCGCUCGCACCGGAUGUGGGUCGUCGAGAGCGCCAGCCCCAGCCCAAGCGCCCCCGCGACGCCGCUGCUCGGCCCCGUCGGCACGAGCACCAACACCUGGAGCGGCGGCGGCAACGCGACCGCGCUGCAGAGCACGAGCGGCGGGCCAACGACGACGACGACGACCACGGGCGCACCCGCCACAGCAGGCAGCGGCAGCAACACCAACAGCACGGCCGCCUCGCCCUCCGUCUCCGCGACGGUGAUCAACACGGCCGCCGCCCAGGCCCAGAACCAGGCGUCCGCGCCGCCCUCGCCGCUGCCCAUGUCAUCGUCCGUCUUCUCGCCGACUGGCUCCGUGCCCGCCGCGGCACUGCCCGGCGCGCACCUGUCGGGCCGCCUGACGGGCGUCAUCUCGCUGACCGACAUCCUGAACCUGUUCGCGCGGUCGUCCGGGCUAAACCCGGCCGACCCAGGCGAGCAGCGUGCCAUGCGGCGGCGGAGCUCCAGCGCGUCGGUGCGGCCUAGCCUAGAUGGGGAGAGGAGCCCGGGGAGCUUGGAUUUCAGGAGGUGA